GGCGAAGACGUCGCGGCGCCGUCGUCGUUCUUCCAUCAGGGAACCCAAACAGCCAGCUGCCGGUGACUUCGUUCGGCGAGCGAUUCUAGGGCGACAGUGAGAUACCGAAAUUAGGGACAAGAAGUUGCCGAUCGAGCACGAGUAGUUCACGCAGGAAUCUAUUGAGCGGUCGGUCUUGACGACGGCCGCGUGUUGUUAAUUGUGAAUUCUUCUCUGUGUGUGACACAUCUCUGCGACAUGUGUUGUUCGGCCGUGACUCUGUCGUUGGCGACCAUAACCGCCGUCCUUGGUCUCCUCUGUCUGACAGUGGCAUUCGGUACCGACUCGUGGAUGGAGAUCAGAGUCAACAGAACUCUGGUCCGGGGAACCCUUCAGAAGGACAGCGAAGAGUAUCGAUCCUUCGAAACCCAAAUGGAGUACUUCUCUCGAGACGUCGGUCUUCUCCGUGUCUGUUUCCCGGAGAAGCGACCCAAAACAAUGACUACCUACAUGUCACCUCUGCAGACGGACUGUGUCAACAUCAACUACUACAUUCCCGAGGAUGAAGUAUCUGAUCAGUUCUCCGAACAACGUUGGGAACGACUCCAUAUGGCUCGCACAUGUGUUGCUCUCUUCAUCGUCUCCUUCAUAUUCUCGUUCUUUUCUUUCUUGACCGGCUUCGUCGGCUGUUGGAAGCGUUCCUACUCGAAUAUCAUCGCUACUGGACUUCUCCAGAUAUUGGUGGCGCUGAUCGCAGGUGGAGCCAUGGGAUUGUGGCACGGAGUUGAAUAUUACGACUACAAGAAGCUUCAUGAUAACCUCAGCUACUACGCUUGGCCAUCGAUUCUCCGUCGUCCUGGAGUCACCCUCUUCUACUAUGGAUGGUCCUACAUGCUUGCCUGGGUCGGCGUCGCCUUCAGUUUCCUUACCGGCGUCCUCUUUCUGGGCUCUUCACACUGCCUCCGACGAGAGAAGGACGAUGAGCAAGCCAAAAACAUGCAGUAUCUAAUGCCUGUUUAUCCCGACAAGCGACAACCAUAUGCCGGUUAUGGGUACGCAGCUUAUCCCGGACCCUACCCACCGUAUCAUCCCGGAUCCCAGUACAGCACUCCCUACGGAUAUUGACUAGAAGGCGAUUCAAUGGACCAAGGACAAGAACAGAGUCGAAUCAGAAAUGCGUGAAGAUGAUACAUGAACAUCGCACAAACGCUAUUGGAGGAGUUUGGUGGAAUCCAUCGUCAACUCCGAGUCAUUGGAACGAGACUGCUCAGGAUGAGGAAUAUCGAACGCAGAACCGACGGAUGCAAUAACGCCGCGGCGCGCCGUGGAAUUGGGAGCAGAAAUCGGAAUAUACUGUACAUAUUUUGUAUAUAAAUCCUAGUAUAGAGCAUGGAGGCCUGAAACGAGGACACGACUCUCGGCGGAACGGACUCAUCGAAAAAGUUACAGAGUACUCACCAAUAUAUUCGGAGAAUGCCGACGAAUCCCGAACGCUUUCUCAUGAGUUCGAGCUGACUUCUCGCCAAAUUGAGUCUUCUUCCGCUAUUAGGAGAUCCGGACUCUACCCACUCGUUCAUCUUAAUAUCAAUGUGCAACAGAUUCUGACCGACAGAUCCGCGUCGAGAUGUCCAAUGCUGGCGUGGAUGGGAUCUCGGGGCAGAAGCAACGAUGUCCCAAUGCUGUUGCAGAGAUGUACUAACUCUUCUGUUCGAAACUACGUUGUAUAGGCUGGAGAGAUUUCCGAGAGGGCCCGGAAACUCGCCAUGAAGUUGUUCUGAUCAUUGAGGAGAUGGUCGCCGACUCGCAUGUGGGCGGGCAGAACUUUCUGUUGUUAGCGAGAAAUCGAUCCGACAAUGAAAGUCGAUCUGAACCUUGACGAUGCUGCAGCUCCCGUGAGAAUCGGUCCCAGAGGAUGGAAAUCCGGAAGUAUUUACAGUGAGUGGUGACCGGCCGGCUCGGAGCCAAGGAUCAUGGGAUUUGUAAAAACAGAGAAGCCUCAUUUUAGCCUCGAUCUAACUCAUCGCAGAAGACAACUCAGCACAUUAAUGCUCAUAUAGUUCGCUUGGAACGCGCGAGGUGACGAGGGUCGAAUCAUCUAAGUACGAUGGAGCUGAGAAAUCACCGGCGAUAGUUGCCGCCUUAGGAACCGGCUAUAAUAAUAAAG